UUGCAUAUAGGUCUUUACAUAACACAUGUUCGUUAUUUACUUUCUGUUUUCAUGUUUAGUACAUGCAUGUUUGAUAUGAUAAUAAACUUUUCUCAGCCUUAUUUGUUUCUCUGCCGUUGUGUCAUAGAGAAAAUGAGUCCAUAAUUUUAUUUUUGCAAAAAUAAUACAAACAUUAAUUGCCAUCGCUGAUAUUCGAAAUCGCACGGAAAAAGAUAUAAUGAACAAAAAAAGUAUGCUUCAUUGUAAUUGGUACGAAAACCAGAAUUACUUAGAUUUUGACAAGUUACACAACUAUUGAAUUCCCUAUGCUUCAUUUAUAUCUGUUAUAGUAAUGUUUGUAAACAUCACGUUAUCGUUGGGGCAUAGUAGUUAAAUGUAUAAUUUCAUUUUGACGUUUGAGUGUUCAAUUGAUAUACUCGUCUGUCGAUUAGGGAUGUCAGCAUGAUUUACUUAACCUUUUUUAGGAAAGAACUUCUAUCGUAUUGAAUAACGUUUACCUAAAAAACGGACCAUUCCAUUAUUAAAAGUACAAAACAUCGCUGACCUUAAAACCGAACUAUACACUGAAAACCUAUAUAUCGAUUGUAAUAAAAUAUUUAUAAAUUGCGAGAUGUGGUUAACUGACUUUAUAGGUCAAAUAAACAUCGGGCGGUUAGUUAUAAUUUUGAAUACUUGAAACGUUUUGCUGUUGAAAGGAAUCGGACCAGUCAUUUUACCUUUGACUGUUAAGCUCCAUACUAGAACGUUAAAAGGAUAACCAGGUUGCAAGAAAAUGGUAUCCUAUUGUGAAUUCUCUGGUUCCAUAUCGCUCAAACUUUCUAGUGUUUUGGAGGACAUCGGUAUAACCAGGCGUAUGGUCCAAAAGAGAAGACACACUUUCCUUCUUCGUGAGACACUAGACACAAUGAGGGGACAAACGAUAAGAAAAGGAAUCUCUACCACAAGUACAUUUCAUUUUGGCUCUCAGAGCGAGGGUAGUACAACGCUAGAAAUGAAAUCCGAUGUCGACUCCUUGUUUUGUCAUGAACAACCAGUUAUACUGGCAAUGCAUGAUUGGACUCAAGACGUGAACAACUACUUAGUGAUAAAGAAUGAAACAUCACCACCUCAGCAUUGCAGUUUACAGAUAAUCCGGUUUGACUUUCCUGAGCCAUUUAGUGGACUAAUUUUACACGAUACUGCUGUUGAUAACGACGGCCGCGUUUUGCUUCAAAACACAUACUUUGACACUACAUCUAGAGAAGUGUUUGAUCAAGCUGGUAUUACCUUUAUCAAACACGGUCCUGCAGUGAAUGAUGCUUCCAACGAACGGUUUGAUUAUGUGCACGCAUUUCAUUGUGCAAAACUUCCAGAUGAAUGCCUCUAUUGGCAACGCAGACCAAGGGCCGAACGAUGGUUAACUGAGGAACUGCUACUAAAAGCACAAGAAUAUGGGACCUUUGUUGUUCCCGUUGGUUAUUCUGAAAGUGAGAAUGCAAAGGAAGAAUGGAGAUUUUCAACUUCGAUGAUUGAAAGAUUAUGCAUGUUUGAACUCAGCUUAAUCCAACUGAAAACGUACGUGAUGUUGAAAAUAAUAAAGUCAACAUUUCUGAAACCAGUUGUAGCCAAUCGGUUCAGCAGUUAUCAUUGUAAAACAGCGUUGCUUUACACUAUAGAGGAAUAUCCAGCGAGUAUCUGGAGGGAAAAUAAUUUGCUUGAAUGUCUUACAUGUUGCCUUAGGACAAUAUUACGAUGGCUUGAGUAUGGUUAUUGUCCACAUUUUACAAUUAAAGGAGUUAAUCUAUUUGUCGGUAAACUUUCCUUUCAAGACAUAAGUAAACUGACGCAGGUAAUUUCAGAAAUGAUGGGAGACAAUUUUCAAUGCCUACUGGCCAUUCAGAUGGAUUGUUUUGGUGACAGAUUAAGAGCUCUUGCAUCUGGGGACAUAUUAAUGAGUGCAAAAUUCAAAUCAAGAUAUAAAAUUCAUUGUACAAUUGCAGGUAAACUGGCAACUGGGCCUUGUAAGCAACUGACAUAUUCGGUUGGUCAUUUUCUCAGUGACAUCAAUACAAAAAAGACACAAUAUGAUGAAGUGGUGCAGGAAAUUAUAUCGGCCAUACAAUUUUUGGAGAGACAGGUAAGAGAUGCGAAUCAUAUCAAAUCUAAUUCUUCUACAUAUAUCAUCAAAUAUCUUUGUGCAACUCUUGCAUCCCUACUAGCAGCCAUGUGUGUGAAUAAAAGCAUACCUCUCACACCCGAAGCAGCCGGAUUAUUUGAGUUGUCAAUGGACAUAGAUCUGACCACAAAUAGGCUAAAAUUAGCCUCAUUCUAUUACUGUCAAGGUAGUUUUCAAAUUGCUGCAGAUAUUUUACACUCAGUUGAAAGAGAUUUCAAUAACAAUGUGGUGCAGAUAUGCGGCUGUCUUAGGGAUGAUAAACAGCCGUCCGGCGCCUUCUGUGAACAAGCAUUAGAGUUACAGUUUGACGAAUUAAAACAAAAAUGCAUUGCAUUUUGUGUUAGAUUCCUACGACAUGAACAACACUGUACACCAGGACAUUUGGUGUGUGAAAUGUACAGAACCAGAACAGGAAAUGAUGCACGACAAAGAAGUUUCAGAAAUAGUUGGAUGGAUAUGGCCGUUGUUGAUCCGCUUCCACUGCUUUACUACCUGCAAUAUUUAACAUUCUAUAAGCUUGAAAAACAAGAAUUGCAGAAUAUGGCAUUUGAAAACUUCAAAGCUUAUAUUGCGGAAUAUAACGGCUGCGGUCACUAUGAAACUGCAAUUAACCUAUUUGGACAUGUAUGGGAGAUGGAGGGCAGACCAGAUAAAGCCUGUGAAGGAUACAUGAUAUCAAGGAGUGUAUUUCCCACAAAUAAUGCUGCCAACCACCAUAUCAAUAGGUUGCAAAAGGCAUACCCGAAUGGAAUUAUCAGAAUAAUAUACAUAUAAAGAGAUCUCAAUGACUUAAUACAAAAAUGAAUAGUAAAUCAUUGCAUGAAUGAUAAAUCAUUGAAUGAAUGAUAUAUCAUUUGACUGAAGUGCAACAACAGCAAAAUGAAACAUAGACAAU